CCUCAGCCUCUGAGCAAGGCACCGAGCAGAAGAAGAAGAAGAAGCUGCUGCUGCCUCUGACGGAGAUGAAAAGGGUUGUUUUUGGACUCUGACACAAGAAAAGAAAAGAAAAAUCAUGUCGGCUUCGCGGACUAUUAUUUGUUUACUAAGGAACGACUUAAGACUGCACGACAACGAGCUGUUCCACUUUGCUGAGAAACACGCCGACCACAUGGUGCCGCUGUACUGCUUUGACCCCAGACAUUAUGUGGGGACGCACAACUUCAAGCUGCCAAAGACCGGACCUUUCCGCCUGCGCUUCUUGUUGGAAAGUAUCCAAGACCUGAGGAAGACCUUGGUCAACAAGGGAAGCAACCUGGUGGUGAGACGGGGCAAGCCAGAGGAAGUGGUGUCUGAGCUCAUCCAGCAGCUGGGCUCGGUCAGCGCUGUGGUUUUCCAGCAGGAGGUGACGUCCGAGGAGCUGGCGGUGGAGAAAGGCGUGAAGGAGGUGUGCGCCGGCAUGAAGGUGAAAGUGCACACCUGCUGGGGGUCCACGCUCUACCACCUGGACGACCUUCCCUUCCAGCACAUCACCAGGCUUCCUGACGUCUACACUCAGUUCCGAAAGGAAGUGGAAUCCAGAAGUCAGGUCAGGCCCGAGUUCCCGACCCCGGACCGCCUUAAGCCCCUCCCCCAGGGCCUGCAGGAGGGAGUCAUUCCCAGCGUGGCGGACCUGCAGCAGACAGAGCCUGCCAAGGACCCUCGCUCAGCCUUCCCGUGCGCAGGCGGGGAAAGUCAGGCUGUGCUCAGACUCCAACAUUAUUUCUGGGACACGGAUGCGGUGGCGUCCUACAAGGAGACACGCAACGGACUGAUCGGCCUGGAUUAUUCCACCAAAUUUGCACCCUGGCUGGCCAUGGGCUGCCUGUCUGCCAGGUACAUCUACCAGCAGGUGCGCAGGUAUGAGAGGGAGCGCACGGCCAAUCAGAGCACGUACUGGGUCAUUUUUGAGCUCUUGUGGCGAGAUUACUUCAAGUUUGUGGCGCUCAAAUACGGAAACCGUCUGUUUCAAGUCCAAGGACUUCAGGAUAAGUCCGUUCCCUGGAAACAGGACAUGGGUCUUUUCAGCGCAUGGAAAGAGGGACGCACCGGAGUCCCCUUUGUGGACGCCAACAUGAGGGAGCUGGCGGCCACGGGCUUCAUGUCCAACAGGGGGCGCCAGAACGUGGCGAGCUUCCUCACCAAGGACCUGGGCUUGGACUGGAGGAUGGGAGCCGAGUUCUUUGAGUACCUUUUGGUGGACCAUGACGUGUGCAGUAACUAUGGCAACUGGCUGUACAGCGCGGGCGCAGGAAACGACCCCAGAGAGAACAGGAAGUUCAACAUGAUCAAACAAGGCCUGGACUACGACCCUGACGGGGACUACGUGCGGCUCUGGGUUCCCGAGCUGCAGAAAAUCCCGGGUUCUGACGUCCACACGCCGUGGACCCUCAGCACGGCGGCGCUGGCCCACGCCGACGUGUCCCUCGGCCGGACGUACCCCUCCCCCGUCGUGGUGGCGCCCGAGUGGAGCCGACACGCCAACAAGAGAGCGGGCGGCGGCGCGGCGAGAGGCACGAAAGGUCCGUCGCACACGCCCAGACAGCGUCGGGACCGAGGCGUCGAUUUCUAUUUCUCCAGGAGCAAAAACCUGUGAGCUCACACGGAAAACCAGCUUUUGUGUUUGUGCCUACAAAGAAAGUUGGGGUAAUAUUUCAUGAUAUAUCUCAUUAAUAACCAAUCUUUGGUGCAAUGCUGCCAACAUGGCCGCCGUUUGUUGACAUAUUGAAGUUAUGUGUGACUCUUUUCAUCAUCUCCGUUUGGAAACUCUUCUCUCACGCUGUGGAUUUGUUGGCAGCACCUCUGGUGUUGCCGCGGUAACCUUCUUUUCUUUUGGCACAGUAUAAUCCCUCCCAAUACGUGGAUCAUGUGCUGUGCAAAGGGGGACAUUUUGCACAUACUUGCCAACCUUGAGACCUCCGAUUUCGGGAGGUGGA